UAUACCGCGAAGUGCCCAUCUAGACGCGUUCAGAUGACGUGUUCUUCUAGCCACCAGAGACUUGUGCAAAGCACUGCUGAGCGCGCCCAAACCGCGUCAGAGUAGAUGUGUAGGUCCCCAAAAGACGAGUUGAAGUUCUUGAAGGUAAUGCACAUUUUUCAUGGGUUGCCUUUAGAAAACUAGCAAAAGUCAUGUGAAUAAGAAUACAAUGGAACGAACUAAAAUCUUGAGAGAGGACCGUUGCUGUUCAGAAGAGCUGAAUACAAGGGUCAAAGAGUCACGUUCCCACUGCGAAAUAAACGAGAAAACUUCCGUAAAUUCUCUCAGGACUGGCGAUCUCAACCCCUUCCUUUCAACUAAACUGAGGUUCUAGCUCCAAGAUUUUUAUUUUCAGUCCGGUUCAUAGCGAAGAGUAUGCGUUGCAUCAAUCAUCCACAUAACCAUUGUACCAUCGACUUACGUUUUGUGAACUGAAGCGUCAAUUCAACAGGUCCUGUUUAUGGGCACGACACGCACCACGAUUCAUUUUGGUGUGUUGAGCCGCCCCCUUGUGAUCCCCUGCGCUCUCUGAACUCAGCGGGCCUUCUUUUGUGUGACUCCCCUGCCCGUUCCUGUUGAAUAUCGUCCGCAUCUCCACUCAAACAUUAGAAUAGGUUAGGAUUGCGAGUGGCGUCAGCACUUGGUCUAUUUCUUAGAAUUUUUUAGAAUAGUUGUGUGCGUGUUUACAAGCCGAACGCAGUAGGAAAAAUGGGUAUGUUCAUAUCGAAGCUUCUAGACAAGCUCGCGCAGAAGAAGGACUGCCGAAUUUUGAUGGUCGGUUUGGAUGCGGCCGGUAAAACGACAAUCCUCUACAAACUCAAGUUGGGAGAAGUUGUGACAACGAUUCCGACAAUCGGGUAACAAAUUUCCAUCUUCUAUCCUAGCUUUUCUUCCGUAAUGGACUACUACUACUACUACUACUACUACUACCACUACUACUACUACACGCUUCUGGGAUGAUGGGAACGGCCUGGCUUCCCCGGUGCAUAGACUCCGGAGGGGCUAGUCGUGCUGACCUGGAGCAGCCCCGGAAACACAAUACUUCAUGAUCAGGCUGCAAAGAUAUUGGCGAUCCAUUGUUCUGUGGGUCAGUUUGACAACAGUUCAUGCUUCCCCAAGGUCACUCUGAAGUCCAUGCGCACAGAAGACCACCACGCCGCGACACUAAACAACCAGUUCCCGACCACCCAAUCCCAAAUAAAAAACAAUGCGAUAAGUUUAGAACGAAGACGCAUUACCAUUUUGUUCUGGAGCAUGUUCGAAGACUAGAAGUAAAUCAUUCGGAGAGGCUAGAGACUUUUGUUCCUUAAGAGCAACGAAAGGGCAUUAUUAAGGCGUGUAAAUCGACUAAAUUCUUCAGGUUUAAUGUGGAGACUGUCGAGUACAAGAAUAUCAACUUUACUGUGUGGGAUGUCGGAGGUCAGGACAAGAUCCGACCGCUGUGGCGACACUAUUACCAGAACACGCAAGGUAAUUCGCACUGGCUUAGAUUUCUUUCUCUUUUGAACGUGACGCAGUGUCUGGCCAUUUUGGAUCUUUUUCAGCUUUGGUCUGCCGUUGUAAUCUCCACAUCGCGAACAUCUUACCGAUAAUACUUGACUCGUGCACACAGGUUUGAUCUUCGUUGUCGAUUCUAACGAUCGCGACCGUAUUGUUGAGGCACGCGACGAGCUAACGAAGAUGCUCAACGAAGGUACCCUACUCAAACAUUCUACUUCUCACCAUGUUCAGCAAGUGGAAGUAUAGGAUUUGGAUUGUUUUUUUUUCACAAUCGUGUUUCAUGUCCUCUCCCGUGCUCUCUGAAAGACAAAACACAGUUCUAUCACCAUUUCUCAAUCUUCAGAUGAAAUGCGGGAUGCUAUCCUUUUGGUUUUCGCGAACAAGCAGGAUCUUCCGAAUGCAAUGAGCGCAGCUGAGGUGAGCGAUUCUCUACUUAUUCAUAAUGUUCUUACAUACUGCGUGGCCUAAAACUUAUACCCGAGGAAGCGGUUUUGGCUCUUUAAAUAGGUGAGUGGUCAGCCCCUGUUUCCAUGGAUGGUGUCUGCAUAGUGGAGUCUCCUCGAGUACUCUUUCGACAUAGUACAAGUUUCCCGAUUUUGCCAAAAUAAUCAGAUUACGGAAAAGCUGUCCCUGAACACAUUGCGAAACAGACAGUGGUACAUCCAGAGCACAUGCGCAACCUCCGGUGACGGUAUCUAUGAGGGAUUCGACUGGCUGUCAAAGAGCAUUGCCGAGAAGAAGUAAAGGGAUCAUCUUUCCACAAAAUUCCCUCGAUGACUACUUGAUGACGUGAUAUCAAAGUGAUUCCAAUUUUUCGAUAAAUUUAGAUCUUUCUUGGUUACGGAGAACAUCUUAGACGGUAGCUGGACUUGCGCCUCGAAUGACAGUUUGCGAGGAUACUUGGAUUAUAAGCGAGCUAGGUCGUAGCACAUUGUUGCGUAGAUACCAUUUACAUCGUCCUGCUAGCUUCCCCAUGUACAACACGGUUUGUGUCCUGCUCCUCUGGAACGGAAAUUUAGUUUAAGGAGCGAUAGCGGGAAAGCACUUAAAAGGGCGAUACGGUGAAGGCGCUGGAGUCAGGCCGUGUGCCUGCAGGGAGCGACUAGCCGAUGCUUUGUGAUCAAGUGCCUCCUAAGUACACAGGAAGUUUGUCCAAUAGUAGGGCUUAUAUCAUCUAUUUCAUCCAAAAGUUACAUCAUGAUAUUUUUACCUGUUCACUUUGCUAGUACUUCGAAACUGUAUCUGGUUUUUUCAUAGCAAUCUUAGAUACACUUGUCCUUAUUUUGAGCUUUUUGCGUGUUGUUCAGAAAGUAUAGGAUUUCUAUUGCCUUCUCAAAAAAGAUGCUCAACAUAUUCUUUUCUUUCAUAUUUUUGUUCUCCUCCUGUAUCCACCGUCUAUCUAAAUUGUUGUACGAGGCGACGACAACAGAUAAUAUAGUCUGUAUAUUUCCGAAAAUUCAUUCAAAUUAACCGCUCUUCGUGCGUCUCUGACGUGUGGCAACCGACCCGACAACCGCGUGUCUAACCCCGGUGAACUAAACCCUCUCAUGACUUUGAUCCGGAGCAUGAUUCUGGGAUUAUCCUCAUCAUGCAGAGUCAUUAUCACUAUCAGUUGGUUCCCCUCGCCCUAAUAAGGCCGCGGUACAGAUGCGAGAAGGCGUCUUGCUCCUCGUCGAGUGCCUGAUAGCUAUGCAAGCUCAAAUCCAUCAGCAUGUGCACAGGAGUCAAAUUAGAAUUUCUUCUAAAGAUCAUCUUCCCACGGUCGCUUCUUGGCUUCGGACUAUGUUGUUCAGGAUUAGUGGUUUGAAACCUCGAAAAACCUCUUAAUUACCGCGAAGCGAAUCGCUCGAAAAUAGCUCAUAUAAUGCCAUAUAUGGACGAAGAAGAUAUCAUUUUACCUUCAGGACAACAAGCACAGUGUUCUCCCAUGCAAACUAAAUGCCCUCUGUUCUUCGGCAGCUUUAGAUCAGGGUUUUCGACAGCGACCUAAAUUUAAAUUCCAAGAUGGUGGAACUGAUCUUGUCCCGUCCG